AUGCCUACUACGUCGGUGAAGCACAGAGAUUUCGUUGGAGAGCCUAUGGCCGAAAAGGAGGUGACUUCUUUGGCUGGGAUUGGAGAAGUCUACGGAAAGAAGCUGGCUGACCAAGGUUUUGAUAAGGCAAGUCUGGAGAGAACUUUUGGAUGCGAGGAAUUUUAUCACUACUGUUCUGAAAUGGCGGUCGUACGGCUUUUGCUGUAA